ACGUCAACGACCAGCAAGCCUCGAUCCAUAGGCUUGCGCGUUGUUCAUGCUUCCAAGCUUGAUUACUGCAUCAAUGGGAUUUUUUAUUGUGAGGUAACAAAUAUCACAGGAUGUUGGGUUGGAUUACAGGACAGAGUGAGGAGCAGAGGCGGGCCACUGACGACUCGGUCGUCAUGGAACCACCGCAAACACCAGGCCCUGUCUUUGCUAUGCGAGCAUUCAGGAGUGCCAUCUGGGGCACGCCGGGGGGCGAGGACAAUGAUAACGACCGUCCAACGAGUACUGAGAGCCCCGGAAAACCAAUGCUACGUAAGAGGAAUACCAUACAUCAGACCAUCCCUGCUGCGCCAAUCCAGCAACCGAAAUUUGACAAGCCAACUUCGGACUCGACGAAUCAGCUGAGCAUGUCGCCCACAAAGAGUAUCCUUGUCACACCCGGGACAGUUUCAAAUCGACGGAAAACCGUAUCGUUUGGAGAAACAGCCAUUCACGGCGACUCAGAGCGAAACAUGGCCCUCUCAAGGAGUAAUAGUGCAACAGUUUCGCCAGCGGGCUCGGUCACGAGUCAAUGGAUGUCGUCUCAAUCUGAUGGAAGAUCAAGACCCCGAAGCAGACUGACUCAAAGCCUACUCGAUGCAAAGGGGCAAGCUGCAGAGGAGCCCACCAAACAGAAUAAGACUACGCGCACUGAAGAGUCUUUGGAAAGCAAGGAUCUUGCUAGCAACCCCAAGACAUCGCCGACCGAGAAACACGACGACACUAUCGAUCUCGAAAAUCCACAAUCACAGUCAGGCCAGUACUGGAAAACCGAGUUUGAGAAUUACCGAAAACGGACGAAUUUGGAGAUCAGCAGAUUGAUACAAUAUCGUUCAUCGGCAAGGUCAUUUGCGCGCAAGAAGGAUAUAGAGGCUAUGCGAUUGAGAGAUGAAUUAAGAAAAGAAGAAGAGAAAGUGACGAACAUGGAACGUCGCGUGACGGAGCUUGCUUCAAAUAUGAUGAAUGAGAAAGCCGAUGCUGAAAGAGAAAGACUGGUUCAGGAUCUUACACGCCAAACCGCGUUAGCAGUACAAUACAAACAUAAGGUUGACACUCUACGCAAGACUCUUGAGCGUCAUGGAGUAAUUGGCAGUCCGGACGAACAGACGGACUCUGAGGAAUCAUCUAGAGACACGCAGACUGAGAUAAAAAGGUUGAAAGACGCCCUCGAAGAAGCCAAUAAAAGACUUGAAGAGAACAACCAAGAUGACGAAAUCAAGAAACUUCGAGAUCUCGCAAAAUCAUCAGAACGGAAGGUUUCUGAACUCGAAAGAGAGAAUGCUGCGCUGAAAAAUAAUAUAACGCGUGUGAAGGAGGAAAUGGGCAAGUUCAACGAACGACGAAUUGAAAAGGAGACCAAAUUAAAACAGCGCGUGGCGAAAUUGGAUGUACGAUGCGAGGGAUAUAAAGAGAAGAUGAAACAAUAUCGUGCGGCUGUUGACGAAGAAAGGGCCAUGUAUCGUCAAGAGAUUGAGGCGCUGAAGGAAGAACUUGCCGGUUUAACUCCGGCUAGGAGACGCGUCUCACUCAAUGAUGCUCCUCGCCGUCCUGAGGGAAAGCCGUAUGCAGGAGUCCACAUUCAAGACUUUGGAGGUGAUGGGCAUACUCAAAAUCCCGUGAGAGACGAUGAAGAGAUGCUGCAGAUAAUUGAAAGCAUCGAAGAGUCAGACUUGCUAGGAGCGGGCGAUUGAUUCAUUCAUGUACGUCUCCUAACAUAACUGAAUCAAUGAAGCCUCCCCUGGGAGAGAAAGCCACCCUCCUACGCGCUUCCCCGCCUGUCUUGUCUAUACCAUUCCGAAGUUCUCGCUGGCAGCAUUCGGCCUCCCUAGCAAAAGCUUCUCUGCAGCUAAAACGAGAGACCGGAGGUCGUCAUGAAAAGGAGGGAAAGGACACUUCUCAUGACAUAUUUGAUUGAUUGAUACCCCUUAUGCGUUGCUUUAUCUUGUUAAAUACUAUCUUUGUGGCUUGAUGUUGACCUAAGUAUUCGAACAUGGACUCGUGAGACGUGUGCAUAGCAAGCCGAAUAGGCCCUUGAUAUUUAUCCCGCUGUCUCUGAUAUGACCUAGGUAGUUGUGGGUGACGUUCGAACGUCCGCGAUAUGUAGUCUAAUCUGAAAUGUUAUGCCGGUAAAUAUUCUAUCUACAUUUUGCCCAAUCCUCUAUUGAUCACCGUCAAGUCCCAACUUGAGGUCUACUAUAUCCCGUCUUCAAUGAUCCCGGUUAAAUCUUCCCAUCCGAAAACGAUACAACAGCCCAUUUCCCACUCCAAGCCCAUUUCCUCGCGCCUGA